AUGCCUUCCCAGACCGGAGGAAGAAGAGACAGAGCCAACUCGCUCGUCUGGCGUUAUCGCACGGAGAUAGCCGCCAGCACGUCGAGCGUCUUCUCCACGCUCGCCGCCUUUCCGCUCGACAGCGUCAAGACGCGCAUGCAAACCUACCAAUAUCGCGGCUUCCUCGACUGCGUCAAGCGCACGUACCGCACCGAGCAUCUCGCGGGCUUCUUUCGAGGCAAGCCUCUCCCGUCCCCUUCCCCUGGCCUGCCAUUCACCUGGCAGCUGGGCGGCGUCGCUGCCACCCGGUCGCCAGGCGUCACGGCUCCCAUGGCCAGCAUCACCCUCGUCCGCACAGUCUCCUUCUCCAUCUACCAACGAGCCAAAUACGCCUACUCCGGCUGGGUCAAGCAAAACUUCGGUUACGACAUCAUUCAACACGUGAACCGCCCCGGCACAUACCCCAACCUCUGGUCGAUUGCUUGCUUCGGUGCGGCUGGCGCCACGGCGGGAUCCGCUAUCACCUUUCUCGCCUGCCCCUUCGAAUUGACCAAGCUCUCGGCGCAGGUCUCUGUGCUACUGGCGGAGCGCGCCGGCGGCUGCCAAAAGAGCCGUGCGGUAGCUUCAAGCUACCAGAACAAGGGGACGCUGCGAACCAUGGCCAACAUCAUCAAGCACCGCGGCGUCUUGGGCCUCUACACGGGCUUCCGGCUUCAUCUCUUGCGCGAUACCCUGGGCACGUCAAUCUACUUUAUGGUGUACGAGAGCGGCAAGCAAUUGGGAACGACAUUCGCCGGCGACAGCCCAAACAGCAAUAAGUUGGCUGUAGUUGCAGCCGGCGGCAUGUGCGGGCUCGUGUCGUGGGCCAUGAUUUAUCCCAUCGAUUCUGCCAAGAGCAUCUACCAGCGCAACUCGCUCCUCCACUCACGUGGCGAGAAGGUCGACCCGGCGCCCAAGAUCGAGUUCUUCAAGCGCCACAUGUACCGCGGACUGGGCGUGUCCAUGAGCCGGUCCUGCGUCGUCAAUGCCAUCUUCUUCUCGUCCUUUGAGUUCAUUAAGAAGCGCAUCAAGGAGGACAACAAGCCCAAGGGUGCCAUUUGA